AUGUCGGUAAGAUGCCGGCCUUUUUUUCUACCGAGAGAGCUAACAGUAGUGAUCAUCACGGCUGUGUACAUUCCACCCGAUGCCAACGUAAACACGGCGCUCUCUAUCCUGCUGAACACCAUUAACGAACAGCAGCGGGCCCACCCGGAUGGUGUUCACAUUAUUGCAGGUGAUUUUAAUAAGGCCAACAUAAAGACUGUACUCCCAAAGUUCUACCAGCAUGUCAAAUGUCCCACCAGAGGAGAAAACACUCUAGAUCAUGUUUACUCCAACAUCAAGAAUGCAUAUAGAGCCAUACCCCUCCCCCACCUCGGUCAGUCCGACCAUCUUUCCCUCCUGCUCUCCCCAGCCUACACCCCCCUCAGGCGCAGUGCCAGGCCCACCACAAGGACUGUUACAACCUGGCCGGAAAAUGCUCUCCACAAACUACAAGACUGCUUCACAGAGACAGACUGGGACAUAUUUGAACACCAGGACCUAGAAACUUUCACAGGAUCAGUACUGGACUACAUCAAGUUCUGUACUGCAAAUGUGACAGUGGACAAAAGCAUUCGGGUUUUCCCAAAUCAAAAACCCUGGAUGACCAGCGAGGUCCGCUCACUCCUCAAAGCCCGUGAUGCUGCCUUCAGGUCAGGUGACAGAGCUCUGUACAGGGCUGCUCGAGCUGACCUGAAAAGGGGGAUUAAAAAAGCCAAGUCAGACCACAAAAGGAACAUCGAGUCCCACCUGUCCAGCAACAACACACGAGAGGUGUGGCAGGGAAUGCAAGACAUCAUCAACCACAGAGGCAGCACUGCGAAAACAGAGAAUUCGAAUCCUUCUCUUGUGAGGAAGCAGCUGUCUCUUGCUGCCGUACACAGGGUCUGUCUGAAGAUUUUGCUCAUCAUGGCUGAAACUGGAAGUUGCACGUCUGUCAUUAACUUGCGUUACCAAGAUGGCAGCGAGGGAAGCCCCUCCAACCCUGCCAAGUUUAAAAAUCAAGAUUUUGCUCAGAUAAAAGCUGACUGCCUCCACAGCGGGCGACUGUUUGUGGACAACACCUUCCCACCUAACAGUGGUUCUUUGGGUGACCUGCCUGAUCUGAGCACCUCGCAGGAGAACGACGUGGAAUGGCUUCGACCGGCGGAUAUUUUGAAAUUACAAAAAAUCAAUGAUGAGCCUGCUUUCUGUAUCGAUGGAGCCUCACGAUUUGACUUCGGGCAAGGCCUUGUGGGUAACUGCUGGUUUCUUUCUGCAAUAUCAGCACUGACGUUUAAAAAAAAACUGUUGGCACAAGUUGUGCCGUUGGACCAGUCCUUCAAGAAUUACGCAGGAAUAUUUCACUUCAGGUUCUGGAGGUUUGGAAAGUGGGUAGAUGUUAUCAUUGAUGAUUAUCUGCCAACAAUCAACAAGCAGUUGUUGUUAGCACAUAGCAAAUGUGGAAAUGAGUUCUGGGUUCCACUGCUGGAGAAGGCAUAUGCCAAAAUUUGUGGUUCAUAUGCAGACAUGCAUUGGGGGUCACCAUCAGAAUCCUUUAAAGACUUCACUGGAGGGGUGACCAUGACUUACAAACUCAGGGAGGCCCACUCAGCAGGCCAUGAUGCCGAGCUGUGGCUCACGCUCAAGAGAGCUAUUCAGUGUAAAUCACUGAUUUGCUGUGGGACUUUCCCAAAAGGGGAUGCUUUGGUCAACACUGUUUCUCACACUGGACUGGUGGAUGCUCACGCUUAUUCUGUCACAGCUGUCACUGAGGUGGAGUUAUACAGCUCCAAAGUAAGGCUGGUGCGACUCAUCAACCCCUGGGGCAAACAGGAGUGGAAUGGAAAGUGGAGCGACAAGUCAGAUUUGUGGUACAAAGUGAGGAUAGAAGAUCGGAAAAAAUGUUUCAACCGCGAGGACGGAGAGUUCUGGAUGCAACUGGAGGACGUCUGUUACUAUUUCAGCUAUUUAUCCAUCUGCUGUGAGAACCCUAACUUCAUAGACGGUGACCUUAAAUGUCAGUGGAAAUGCAUGACUUACGAUGGCAGCUGGGUAGCAGGGAGAUCUGCAGGUGGCGGCGUGAACAACUCCACCUUUGCAACAAACCCUCAGUAUCGCAUCCAGGUAAGUGUUAUAGAUAAGGAAGAGCCAGAAGACAAAAACGUCUUGCUCUCCCUGAUGCAGAAACCUCAGCAGGGGCAACGCAGACAGAGACGAUUCUACCCCAUUGGACUAACCAUUUAUAAGAUUCCACCAGGGACCCCGCAAGGACACCUAUGGUCCUCUUUUUUUGAUGGUAACAAACCCCUGAAGACACCCAAUUUUUACAGCUUCAACAGCGAUCUGACCGAACUACACAGUCUGGAACCUGGAGAGUAUGUGAUCAUCCCGUCCACCAUGAAACCCAACAUGACUGCCGAUUUCGUUCUUACUGUCUACACCAAGGCUGAUGUUGAGAUCAGCUCCCACAGUGGAGGUGAUGAAGAGGAGGAAUUGAUUCUUCCUCAGAUCCGAGACAAGCCCAAAGAGGAGACCACAGAUAAGGACGCCAGCCUUAUUUCCUUGUUUAACCUGUAUGCAAAUCAGAAUGGUGAGCUGCUUGCUGGACAACUCCAGAAACUCCUGAAUGACAGGUUCCCUCAUGGAACCUUGUAUGGCUUUGGUUUGGAUACCUGCAGGAGUAUGAUUGCUUUGGUGGAUCUUGAUCAAAGGAUGACAAUGUCUUUUACUGAAUUUUUGAUUCUUUGGAACAAGAUUCAAGAAUACAAGAAACUCUUCCAUCAAUCUGAUCUUAAUCAAAGUGGAUCCUUGACUGACCUCGAGCUCCAGAGAGCAGUUGAGGCUGCAGGUUUGAACGUGAAUGACAGGACGGUGAGGCUGAUGAUGUUUCGGUAUUCACGCUUCUCUGUCACCAUGUUGGAGGAUUUCAUCACUCUCAUGUUGCGACUGGAUAAGAUGUCAAACAUUUUCAAGGACAAAUCCUCUGAUGGAACAAUGCGCUUGACCUGGGAUGAGUGGAGCAACAUCUCCAUGUACAACUAGACCAAAGUGAGCUCAGGAGAGCUGCAGGAGAAGACUACAACUAGACUUGCAUGGGAGCUGGAUGAUUUGUAUAGCAGUAGCAAACAUACUACUAACCAUUAUUUAUACUUGGAGCUAGAGAAAGGAUUUUUUUUUUCUUUUGAAAAGCAAAUAAACGAACUAGAAUUUUUUGGACACUCACUGUUAUCAUUUGUUCAUGUAAGAAUGAGUUCUUUGCAAAAGUACACCUUGAAGACUUUACUUAAUCUUUACAUAAAGCCAAGUGUAUCAUAUUUGAUAUGCAACUCAAAUCAAACUCUCUGCUCUCUAGUUCAAUAUGAAUUCAGCAGUGUCAAGCCUGCUUGCAGUGACAGUAAUCUGCUAUGGCCACACGAUGCCAGUCAUGUAAAGGAUGGAUGCAAAGUAGAAGAAACUGUAUAAGCUGUUUGAGAUGUAAGGGGUGAUAUUACUUUUACUCUGAAAGGUUUUAACUGAUGUCUAUUUUUAAAUUUAAUUCUCAGGGAAACUGGUUGCCUUGCUUGCCCCAACAGAAAGCCACUUGUUCAUGCACUGUAAAAUUAUCUAUUUUCAUCUGCAACUUUUCUUUUUGGAUUUUGAUCUGUGGAUUUGAUGCAUUGCCCUCUCUGUUUUCUAUUAUUCAUUUCUUUAUAUGCUCGCUUCUAUGACAUAAACUCUAUACUUGGAUUGAUCAGUAAAUAAAACUUUCUUUUGCUGUCACCUGUUGUGCGUUACUGUUACGUGUUAGCCCACCACAAGUGUUUGUUUCAAUGAUUUAGACACCACUACUUGGUUUCUGAACCAGCUACUUUUGCUGAUUGGAGCUGGUUUUCUAUAGCUAAGUCAUGCGCUGCAUAUUUAACUUAAGUGUAGACACGUGAUGACUCUUUCAAAGCUAGUGGAACUAGUGGAAUAAAUGUCAAAAAUGAAACAGAUAAUAAGGAAUAUAUAAUAUUUUAUUAAAUGCUGUAACCAUAACACACUUUUUCAGAGGAGUUUUGGACAAAUCCACAGUAGUGUCUGAUAGUGACAGGCAACAAUGUAGACAAGAACAUCUUAUUGUCUCUUCUGCAGAAACCUGAUGAAGAAUGUUGCACUAAAGUUAA